AAUUGGUCCAAAAUAGUAAACCUAUUUAAAAGGGUUAAAAGUUUAAAGUGUUUGAGUCAACUUGCAGUCUCCACUCUCCAUAUGAAAGAAUCCUUGUCCAUAUAAUCCCCACUUUUAACAAUCUCUCUCUCUCUCUCUCUCUCUCUCUCUCUCUCUCUCUCUCUCUCUCUCUCUCUCUCUCUCUCUCUUGUUUUUCCCUUUUCAAAACAUGAGAGGCUUCACUCUGUGUCUUCUUUGUCUCUCCACUUCAAUCCUUUUUUUCUCCAAACCUUCAAUCUCUGCUUCUGAUACAUUAACAACAACCCAAUCGCUUAAAACCAACGAAACCCUCUUGUCACCAAACGGUAUUUUCCAACUAAGUUUCUUUUCCUUCAACAAUUUCACUUGGUACUUAGGAAUACGUUACACCAUCGACCAUAAAAAAACAGUAGUUUGGGUAGCAAACAGAAACACCCCAAUUCAAAAUUUCAACGCUUUUCUCAAAUUAACCGACGCAGGAAAACUCAUCAUCAUCGAUCAAUCACAAAAAACCAUUUGGGCCUCUAAUCAAAGAACGAAAAAUGCUACCUUUAACAACCCAAUUCUUCAGCUUUUGGAUUCUGGAAAUUUGGUUGUAAAAGAAUCGAACGAGAAUGACCCAACAAAGUUUAUCUGGCAAAGCUUUGAUUACCCAACAGAUACUUUGUUACCUGGCAUGAAACUUGGUUGGAACUUCGACACAAACACAGAAACAUUCAUAAAUUCAUGGAAAGUAACAGAUCAAGACCCUUCAUUUGGAGACAUAUCUUUCAAAAUGGAUUAUCACGGUCUUCCAGAAAUUUUUCUUUUGGACAAAGGUAGAAGAAUUUAUAGAAGUGGACCUUGGAAUGGUAAAAGAUUCAGUGGCGUUCCAGAGAUGCAACCUGUUACAGAUUCAAUAAAAUUCAAUUUUGUUGAAAAUGAACAUGAAGUUUUCUACACAUUCUCAAUUGGGAAUGAAUCUUUGUUUUCAAGACUGAGUGUGAAUUCAUUAGGUAAACUUCAAAGACUUACAUGGAUACAAAGUGGACAACUUUGGUCAACAUUUUGGUAUGCACCAAAAGACCAAUGUGACAAUUAUAGAGAGUGUGGUCCAUAUGGUAUAUGUGACACAAAUGCUUCACCUGUUUGUCAGUGUGUGAAAGGUUUUAGACCAAAGAAUCAUCAAGCAUGGAAUUUGAGAGAUGGAUCUGAUGGGUGUGUGAGGAAUAAUGAAUUGGAUUGUGGAAGUGAUAGGUUUUUGAAAUUGGUGAAUGUGAAGUUGCCAGAGACAAGCAGUGUAUUUGUGAAUAGGAGUAUGAGUGUUUUUGAAUGUGGAGAAUUUUGUAAGAGGAAUUGUUCUUGUACAGGUUAUGCUAAUAUUGAGAUUGUUGAUGGUGGAAGUGGUUGUGUUAUGUGGCUUGAUGAACUCAUUGAUAUUAGAUUGUAUCCUUCUGGUGGACAAGAUCUCUUUGUCAGAUUAUCAGCUUCUGAUGUAGAGGAAGAUGAGGCAAGAGAAAGUUCUGAUCACAAGACAGCUAAGGCUAUAGGCAUUAUGGUUGGGGGUGCAGCUAUUAUAUUUUUGAUAAUAGGAAUAUGUUUCUUGUGGAGGAAGAAGAAAUUGCAGUGUCUAUUCAAAAUGAAAAGCGAAAAAAGAGCAGCUUCAUUGGAAAGAAGUCAGGAUUUGCUUAUGACUGAGGGGGUGUUUACAAGUAAUAGAGAACAAUCAGGUGAAAAUAACCUGGAUGAUCUUGAAUUGCCAUUCUUUGAUUUUAAUACCAUAACAUUGGCUACAAACAAUUUCUCUGAAGAAAAUAAACUUGGACAAGGAGGAUUUGGUAUUGUUUACAAAGGUAGGUUGAUCGAAGGUCAGGAAAUUGCUGUGAAGAGAUUAUCGAAAAAUUCCGGCCAAGGGGUUGAUGAAUUUAAGAACGAGGUCAAGUUGAUUGUCAAGCUUCAACAUCGAAAUCUUGUUCGGCUACUUGGCUGCAGCAUUCAAAUAGACGAGAAGAUGCUAGUGUAUGAGUACUUGGAAAAUAGAAGCCUUGAUGCCAUUUUAUUUAACAAAACUAAAAGAGCCUUGCUCGAUUGGCAAAGACGCUUCAAAAUUAUAUGCGGAAUUGCUAGAGGACUUCUUUAUCUUCAUCAGGAUUCCCGAUUUAGGAUCAUCCAUAGAGAUCUUAAAGCAAGCAACAUUCUACUUGACAAAGAGAUGAAUCCGAAGAUAUCAGACUUUGGGAUGGCUAGAAUUUUCGGCACGGACCAAACAGAGGCGAAUACAGUUAGAGUUGUUGGAACAUAUGGCUAUAUGUCUCCUGAAUAUGCUAUGGAUGGAAUCUUCUCAGUAAAAUCUGAUGUUUUUAGUUUUGGCGUUCUUGUGAUGGAGAUUAUAAGUGGAAAAAAGAACCGGGGUUUUUAUUCCGCGAACAAAGAAUUGAAUCUUCUUGGCCAUGGGUGGAAUCUGUGGACAGAAGGAAAAGCUUUGGAACUUAUUGAUUCAUCCAUUGAUAAUUCAUAUUCACAAUCUGAGGUUCUUAGAUGCAUACAAGUUGGAUUAUUAUGUGUACAAGAGAGAGCAGAAGAUAGGCCAACAAUGUCUUCAGUGGUUUUGAUGUUGAGUAGUGAAACAGCAACAAUAACACAGCCUAAAAACCCUGGGUUUUGUCUAGGAAGCAAUCCUAUAGAAACUGAUUCUUCCUCAAGUAAACAAGAGGAAUCUUGCACUGUGAACCAAGUUACUGUCACAAUGUUAGAUGGUAGAUAGUGGAAGGCUGUGUCAAUAUUGAACUUGUAUGAAUAUAAUACAAACUUGUGAUUUCAUGGGAUUGGCAGUGAAACAUGCUUACAUAUAAAAACAAUUUACAUGACUUGUUAGUUUUGCAUUAGUUAGCUAUUUUUUAGGUUUUUAGUUUGGGCUAUUGCAACUGUUUUUACUUAAAGCCUUUCAGGCUGUUUUGUAGACUAGAAUCUAGGCCCAUUCUGUAUUUUUUGAGUAAUCAAUUCAAUGGAGAGGUAUUAUUCAGCAA